GACUGCUCCUGAGGCUUCGAGAUGAUUGUUCGUAUACGCUCACCGCAAGGAUUGACCCGUAACGAAGUAGAAGAGGACUCUAGGUGGAACCAGGUGCUUCGAUCGCAUCACAUUCGAUAUCCGACCAAGGGUACGGCUUUGACUCUUCGUCGACAUGGAGAUACCAACAAGAUCGAUCUAUUGAGCUCGGUAGAGAAUGGGAAGACUUUGGCAGAACAGGGCGUUCGGCAUGGCGACCUGUUCUACUUGGAACCCUCUCGAUCUGUGACAAAGUCUUUCGAAGAAACUAUUCUGGUCAGCCCACCGCUCAGUCCCGUCUCUGCGGACUCGUCAGUAGCAAUCUCGGGUUGGAGUCAUGCCGAGAUUUAUAGCAGGAUCAGGAGGAUGCUCAUGUCGAGCAAAACGAGAGGUUGACGAGAUGCGAAGGGGCGUUCGAACGAUAGUUCCAUUACUGUUUAUUGUACUUGUGCGCUUGUGCCUAGUUUCAACCUGCAACCUGUAACUAUUACGGAAUACUAUGUCGUCUGCAAGUAGUACAUUAUCGUUUCUCCCGCGUCAUACCCCAGUAGCCAGUAGCGAGCUUCGACCACAUCGGCAAUCAACCGAUCUGCGCCCUGUGCAAUGGUCAUCUGCCAGUCUUUUAUUGUAUCAACGUACGAGUUCGGUUGUCAUACUAUAACAGCCUAUCCUGGACAAGUCAGAGGUACGGGCGCAAGGGUGCGGACGUCCAGGCUGUCCAGCUACUGUAGGCC